CACAUGUUCUGAGACCAAAAGAAAAAUCUAAAUUUGGAACUAAUAAAGUAAUGUUUAUUAUAUGAGACUUUUGUCUAGGGACAAGUUACUCAAAAUGUACCUCUAGAAGUUAGAAAUGUGUUUUUAGGGUCUGUAAUAUUUUUGGUUGAUUUUCAAAUUCUCUUAUUGUAAUGUCAGUGUUUUGUUCACUUUUGAUUUUCAAAUGUAAUCUACAAAACGUUAUAUUUUUAGAUUUUUGUUUCUGGACUUUGCAUCAAUCUCUUCAGUAUUUUUUGUGUGAUUCAAUAUUAAAAAAAAUCCGUAAUUUUUUUUUUUUUAGAAACUCUGUUACCAACUCAACAACAGCCAACUUUGAGCCCAGUCUGGAUUACUGUGUGGUGAAGGUUCCCCGCUGGGACCUCAGCAAGUUCCUCAGGGUUUCCACCACGAUCGGCAGCUCCAUGAAGAGUGUUGGUGAGGUGAUGGCUAUCGGCCGCAGCUUUGAGGAGGCCUUCCAGAAAGCUCUGAGGAUGGUGGACGAGAACUGUGUCGGCUUUGACCACACCAUCAAACCCGUCUCUGAAGAGGAGUUGCAGACUCCCACAGACAAGCGUAUCUUCGUUCUGGCGUCUGCGCUCAGAUCCAAUUACACGGUGGAUCAGCUGUACGAGCUCACCAAGAUCGACCGCUGGUUCCUGCACAAGAUGAAGAACAUCACCGACCACGAGAAGCUGCUGGAGACAUACAACCAGGUAAGCAUAAACCGUACCAUACGAUAUCACUUUAAUAGUCACCUGACUUUUCAACCUAGGAAAAGUGUU